AUGUCAGAUUAAGAAUAUGAUUAUGAUUACGAUUAUGAUCAAAAUUAGAUUGAUUAAGAAGAAGAUCAAGAUGAAAUAGAAUUAGAAAAUAAUUUUAAUAGAGCAGAAGAUGAAUGGAAACUUAAUCCAGAUUUAGCAUACUAACUCUUUAAUGAAGUAAUAGAAAGAGAGAAGUCUAAAGAUAUUAAUUCAAGAAAAUGGAGUUUUAAAAGUUAUCAAGUAUUAAAUUUCUCACUUAUUUGAUAGUUUUUGAUCUAGAUAUUGAUUUAAAAAUCUAAAUUUCAAGACAAUCUAAUAUUUUAAUAUAUUUAAGGAUUUUUAGAAUUAUUAGAUAGAUAAUAUAAGACUGAAGGAGAUAAAGCACUUAAGAUUGUAGUUGAUUCAUUGAUGAAUUCUAAUAAUUCUCAUCUUAUAUCUAUAGUUCUACCAAAUUUACUCGAUAAAUUAAAAUAUAUGAACUAAAUAGGAAUAUAUUGUGGAGCUAGUAUGAAAUUAUGCAAAGAUUAUUAUUAAAAAGGAAAUUAUAAUAAAUUAGAAGAAAUUAUUAAUGUAUUAUUUAUAUUGUAUACUCAAGAAUAUUUAAACUGUUUUGGAUAAUAGUCAAAUACAAGAUGAAGAUAGAAAAAAAGCAUUUCUUGCUGAAUUAUUGGCUUAUAGAGUUCUAUUGUACAAUAGUACAAAUCGUCAAGAAUAAAUCAAACCACUUUAUAGAUAAUUAUUAAAAUCUAAUCUAGAUUUGCUUGAACCUUAUGUAUUUAUCAAUUAUAACCAAGAUAUCUGGAGUUAUUAAUCUAACAAUUGGUUAAUAAAAGGCUCUAGAAAGAUAAUAUGAAUAAAGUAGAAAGAAACUCAUGGAGGCUUUCUAUAAUUUUUUAGAUGCAUGUUCACCAGAAGCUAAAUAGGCACUUAUUUAUGCAUCUGUUGUUAGUAUACUUGAAAACUUUAAAAUGAAUUUGUUUGAUGACAUGAAGAGUAAGGUUUAUGAAUAAGAUCAAAAUGUUAAAGUAUUUUAAGAUUUAAGAAUAUCUUAUGAAUAAUAAAAUGUAUAGAAUUUCAGUAACAUUAUUAAUUCUGAAGUAAAAAUAUUUUCUAUUUUAUAGUACUUUUUAAAUGAUAUAUUUUUAGCAUUGUUGAAACCUUAUAUGUAAUAAAUAAUUGUUGAAGUCAAAAUAUUAAGAUAUAUUAAAUGUUAUUCAACAAUUAAAUUAGAUUAUUUAUCUAAAUAAUUAUUGAUUGAAAUUCCUGUUUUAAAAUAAUACAUUUAAGGAUUGAUAACCAAAAAAUAAUUUAAUGGAUUAAUUGAUGAAAUAGAAGGAUAUUUAGAAAUUAGAAGAGAAGUUGCAGAAACUCAAACAAAGGCCUUAAAAAUCAUUGUUGAUCAAAUCAAAAUAUUUGAUUACUGA